GCAGUAGCAGCAGCGCGUCAUCGCUCCGCAAGCAAGACGCCUGCCACCUCCUGACUCUCCAUCGCCGGCUUUCCAGAGCCCUGGCCCAUCACCAUGGCUAGUGCGAGACACAGGAAUAAAGCCAAUUCAUCCGACAGCCAUCCGCCGGCUGCCGCCGCUGCUGCUGCUGCAGGCAAUGACGUGGCGAAGAAAAACCACAAGCCGGGCAAAGCGGCAUCAGCGCCAGCGGGCGCCGGGCUGCUGCACAGACUGCUCUCCUUUGUUCUGUACGCGCUGCUGAUCGCGCUGGCCGCCGGCAUCGGUUGGCUGCUUUAUAACCUGCUGGAAGAAGUCUCCCUCAUCAACAGCAAACUGAAGCACUUGUCGGAGCAGAAGGGGGAGCUGGCGGAGACCGUGCACGGGCUGCAGAAACAGGUAAUGGUCAUACUUGAGAAAACAGUUGGAAGAGUCGAAUUCAUCUCUAAGGACAUCCAGGAAAAGCAACAGGGCCAUGACAAUUCCAUCAAAAACAGUGAAAAGGAGCUUGAUGUAGUUGGUAUUAUUCUUAAGAAACUUCAGAAGGAUCUGACAAAUGUCAUUCAAAAUGUGAAGGACCAAGGGGAUAGAGAUCUGGUCCUCUUUGACAAAACCAUGAAGGAAAAAUUCAAUGAAUUAAAUAAAUCAAUCAACGAGGACAUAGUUGACCUCACUGAUGUACAGAAGUCAAACCAGGAAGAGAUAAGCAACGUGAAGGCUGCACUAGCUUCCUUCGGAGAUCUCAAUUCAAUCACUGAUGAACUUAAGAGGUUAAAACAACUUUUCUCUGAGUUACAAGUUUCAUUUAAGUCCAAGGAAGAGUCUAUUGAGUGGCUGAUGAACAAUGCCAUUAAUAUUGAUACGCUUACCACCAAUGGCAAUGAAAUCGCAGAGCUCAAAAGUCAGCAUGACCUUCUAAAAGAAGAUUUUGAGGGGCACCUUGCCACAGUAGUGGAGCUAAAAGAGAAAUUGUCCUCAGAUGAUAAGUCCAGCCUGAAAUCAGAAUUGGACAGGGUUCUUAAAGACUUUGAACAACUUUCAUCUUCUGUUGCAGAGAUUGAAAACAAUUAUCUCUCUACCAACAAUGAUUUGCUUAAAGAAAUUGAAACUAAUAAAGAUGGCAUUGAGCUGAGGUUGACACCUCUUGAAAGUGCAAUUGAAGCUUUAAAUUCUGAAAAGUCUACUCUGAAAUCUUUGGCACCCAGUUUUGAAGACUACAACAGGAGGUUGCACGCUGUUGAAGAAGCUUUUGCUGGUUCGAAGCACUUGAAUUCUGGAAUAUCCGAAAGCCCCGAAGCAACUGAGACCCUGUCAUUACUGAAAGAAGCUCAGGAAGUUCUAUCCCAACAGGUCCAAGGGUUGAGAUCUGUCAUUGCCGACCUUCCAAGUGCUACUCCUGACAUUGAGAAAUUACAAGUGAAGGUCACAAGUGUCCUUGAAGGUCAUAAACAACAGAUUGAAGACCUAAAGUAUGACUAUGAACAGUGGAAGAAUAACCUAGGCAAUUCUGGGUCAUCUGACCAAGUACAUGAGGUUGGCUUGAAAACUUCCAUCACAAAACUGGAAUCUGACUUGAAGAGGUUGAGGGAGGCAGUGGAUAGUUUGGUAGCAUAUUCUGUGAAAAUAGAAAACCAUGACAAAGAUUUGGAAUCUGUUAGAGAGUCUCUAGAAGACCUUAGAGAAAGUACCGAUAAACUGCAAGUAAAAUUUGAACAGAUCCAAGAAAACGUAUAGCGGCGCUCAUUUUCUAAGAAGGAAAAUGUAGGAUUUUCAAAGUCUAGUUUUGAACUUGUUCUCAUUAAAAUGAAUUUU